AUGUUCUGCCCACCUCCGUCCAUCGUCGAGGCCGGCUGCCCCGCUAUCUACGCCUAUCUGCGCGACGUGGAAAAGGGGCACGAGCUGCUGACACGAUCUCGUCUCGUGUUCAUUGGGGAUGGUGGUGUUGGCAAGACCACGCUCAAGACGGCGCUGCUGAUGUUGCACGACAUAGAUCGGUUUGACGUGCUGAAGGAAGUGCGCUCGACGCUCAAGUCCUCGUUUCAGAAAUACACAGAGGCCGACUUCCGCCAGUGGGUGGAUCACGAUCUGGCGCACAGGGACGGGUUCUUUGACGAGGAGUGCCCGAGGGCCAAGGGCAUCACGGGAAAGCUGUGGUUGAAAUCCACCGAUGACCAACUGCAGCAGUGGUUUGGCAGUGCAAACACGCCUGCCUCUGAGGACGUUGUGCAGCGCAUGCUUCAGGCAAAGCGCUUUCUCCUCAGCAAAGGUAGCAAAUCGUCUUCGUCCAAAGACAGCGGCAGCCCGUUCCAGCAGCUCUUGCACAUGCCGCACGUGUGGACGGAAGGCAUUGACGUGGACCACUGGAUCAAGCACGCGUUUGACUUGUGGGAUUUCGCUGGCCAACUGGAGUUCUUCCCGGCCCACCAGCUCUUCAUGGCCUCGCACAUGGCCGUGUACCUCCUUGUGUUUGAUGCCUCAAAAGGGCUGGAGCAUUCCAUCGCCCGCAUCAGCGUGUGGCUCGGCCUGCUGCAAGCAUGCCGCCUCUCUCGACACAAGCAAGCCGAAGCCGUGCAAGUGCGGCUGGUCGCCACCAAAACAGACUUGCCAUCCUUUGAUUUUGAGCUCCAGCACCUCCACGCUGUUGUGCAAGAGCGGGUUGGAAGCGAGUAUCAUCUUGGUCACUGCUGUUUUGCCCCACGCUACGAUGAACACGACAUUGGUGAUGCAGGCGCCGACUUCGGCCUUGUUGCCUUGGAUGAAGAACUCGCAACACUGCGAAGGGAAGGUGUGCCCUACGUCCAAGUCCCUACCGCCUAUUUGAGCAUCAAGAACUGUGUGCAGAGCAUGAAAACGGAGCAGCACCAGGUGUGGCCCAUCAUCAGUGUGUCCAAGAUUGACUUCCGAGACAAGGACCCCGACCUCAUUUUGAGGUUCUUGGAUGAUGCGGGUGUGGUGCGGCGCAUUCCCGAUGACGAGGGCCGAUGUGUGCUGGAGCCGGUGACCUGGCUAAGCAAGCUGAUGGCGGCGCUGCUGCACCCGCUGCACGGCUUGGGGCUGACGACUGCGCAGGCGGGUACAGCAAGCACAGCGAUCUUCGUGCCUGGCGUCUCUGUACUGCAAGCCGUAAACGCGCUGGAAAAACGAAGCAUUCGCAUCCCACAGCACGCGCAGGACGACUUGCUGCCGUUCCUGUCUUCCUUUGGGGUGUGUUUCGAACUCAAGCGUGGCCGGUUCACAUUCCCAUCGCUGCUGCCGCACCAUGACCCUCACUCGACGAUUAUCGAAAGCAUGGGUAGGCUGCUUGGUGAUGCUGAAGACUGUGUCAUCCUUGGACGUCGACUGCAGUGUGCCGCAAGCGAGCGGUGCUUGCCUCCGACGUGUUGGCCGGCCGUGGUUCGCAGUUUGUGUCAAGGUUUGCAAGACGUGACGGCAACAUUGCUGCACCUCAGUGCUGGGAUUUUUGUGGCGGUAGAUUCCAACUCCAAUUACCUCGCGCUGUGCACAACGGACGUGACAGAGGGCCGCGCGUUAGACGUCAUUGUGGUCGGUGGCAACAAAGAACUGCUCAACUUCGCAAUGUUGACAGUGGUCAACACGCUGUGCCACGAGUUUCCGCACGUCCAGCUUCAGAAGCGCUGCCUCAAGGCCACCAAAACUAUGGACCCGCUUGGCGUCGCCCAUCCUCUGCUGCGGCGGCGCGUGCGAUCGUACCCCGCAGACACGGCACUCCUUCAAGCGACAGUGCAGAACUCCCAGUUUGGCACUGGUGUCCUUGCAAGAGCAUACUACCAGUGUGUCAUCAACAGCCCGCUGUUUGAGCGCACGGAUGGAGGUAUUCAGCUGCAUUCGAGCCUGUGGUCUUUGAUGCUGACAGAUCCCCGAUUCGUACAGGAGGACCUUCGCAGCUGCUUGAAGCAUUCUUCGUCCGAAGCAGCUUGGCCGAAUGCUGAGUGUUCUGUCGGUGACCUCACGGUGACGUCGAAGCUGUGGAAGGACGGUGCAUUUGGUCCUAACGCUUAUCGUGGGCGGUUUCAGCACUCUGCAACAAGGAUCGUUGCUGUGUGGGCGGUGUCUCAGCCAGCGAGCUGCAACCCUUUCUCCGGCCUUCAUGGGUUGCCAGAAGCUCUUCUGCGCCAUGAAAGUCCGAAGCUGCACCGCACAAACGAUGUAUUGUUCAUUCCUACGUUGAUGCCGGCCCACUCGGUGCCGCUGGGCACGAGCGUGCUGACUCAGUGCGAUGCCGACAACCUGCGAGAGCUCAUUCGCGACAUAACCAACGCACUGGUGUUCUUGCAUGAGCGACAAGUCCUACACGGCAGCCUCUGUCCUGAGCACAUCGUGUGUCACAGAUCCCAAGACAUGUACCGUGCGCAGAUCGCUGCGUACAACUUGGGAUUGAAGCCCACUUCUGAUGCCUGGCUUGCACCCGAGCAGAGAGCAGCUGCAUGUCCUCACCUGCCGUCCCGAGAGGCAGACGUUUUUGCGUUUGGCAAGCUGAUUGACUUCAUUCGCAAGAGAGGCAAUGAUGACUCCUCGGUGGACCACCCAAACGCCUUUGAGCUUGCUGCAGCGGAUGCUGUCGUGUACCUAACUGCGGAGAAUGUGCGAGAGAGGCCGGGGCUCAACAAGUGUCAGCGACCAGCAGAGCAAGGCGGGCUCUUUCUCUUUCAAGAUCAUACUGCCAGUGGCGUGGUGGAAAGAUGCCUGCUGCCUGCUUUGGAGCUAUCGGAGCUGUUUCAGUCAUGCAAUGACGUUCCCCCCAGCAAGUGGGUGUUGCUGGGCCAGGAAGCGAUUCAGAGCCAAUCUGAUUUUAUCCAGCAAUGGCAGAGCAACCCAACCAGAGUCACAGGCUGGCGACAGACGGUCCAAGCUGUGGCUCCAAAACUGAUGACCAAGCUACACCAACAGCUGAUGAAGGUGACCUGCAGCCCCACUCCCUACGAUGACACUUUCCCAGCAUUGAUGCGGUGCUUUCGCAAUGUGUGUCACCAUCCUGAGGAUUACGACUUGAAGCAGCUGGGUGUGCCUCAGCUGGUGGGCCCCGACAGCGGGUUGUCGAAGCAGCAGCUGUUUUGGUUCCUCGCUGAGCUGUUCCCCUCCCUGUUUCUGGACCUGCACGUGUUCAGAGUGGGUGGACUGCCGAGGAAAGCCCGCGACGCCUAUCGGCAGCUUCAGCAAUACCCCGAGCCGAUCCCGCUGCUGAAGCACACACCCAGCAAGCACGUGAUUGAAGGCUUCACGAUUCUAUGCGAAGCGCGGUUUAUCAACCCUUCUCAGGGAAUUGGCUUACACUUCAAGUGGUCGGCGACUGGCGGUACCAUUGACAAUUCGGUUGUGAGCAACAACGACUUGGUGCUUACCGCUCAAAUGUCUUUCACGCUGCCCCUCAUUGCCGCGCAUGGCACCAGUCCGAUCGUGAUCACAUGUGAAGCGACACACCCUACGACUCAAAAACGCUGCACGGUCCAAGUGAUGAAAAUUGAAUUGGACCAGAUGCCCGGGUGCCGGUGGUGCGUUCGAGGGCCCUGUCUCAAGGACAAGGUGUUGCUGACACCAGACGUCUCCCAGCCCGGCGUCUUCACCUACAGCAUUGGCUCGAAUGACCUUCGAGCGCCCAAGAAGCCGAAGGAUCCGUUCUCCCCCUUUACGUGCUUGAGGGAAGUCGCCUGCCAAGACGAGCACUCCACAUCAAGUCCCACUCUCAAGUGGCAGUCGCAGGGCACUUUCGUCUCGGACACCAUGAGCCAACAAGACUGGAAGAACAACUGGAGCCAAGAGUUUGAGUUCGCGCUUCAUUUCGAUGAGACCAAUGGCUCUGCAAGGCUGAUCAUGCGAAGAGGAUCAACCGAGCAGACCCUCGAGUGUGGUCGGCGCAAUUGA